ACCGCUGUGUAAUGAUACCGCACGACCGAGUAAUGAGAGCUGAUCGAAGCCGCUUUUUUCCGGUGUUGUCAUUACGUUUAAUCGUCUUUUUACAGCUUUUCUGUCACGCUUAUCUGCCUUUCGCGGGAUGUGUCAGCCGUUCGGCUCCAAUACGAAGACAGAAAUAACAGAAAUAAAAGCGUCGUUUGACUCGGCGAGCCGUCAGCUGACCGUACACAACGUCAUUGGACAUGUGGAUCGCUCAUUACUGAGGCGUUCAGUGAAGUAACGGUCGUUUUGACCGACGAUGUGGGCGAAAAGAGGCGGUUUUUGACCCAAAAAACAGUCCAGUUUGGGCCUUCGCUCCGACCCAGCCAUGACCCUGAUUUUGACCCCCGCCGCCAUGUGCCAGUGCUUCACUCUGGUGUCUCUGUGUACCUCCAUCGCCGAUCCCAACUGGAUUCAGAUAAACAACGGCUCAGACUCGAACAACAAGCUCAUUUACGGAGUGGCGUUCACACUGCACGCUGCACAGAACCUCACACACACCGGUCUUCUGGGUGGAGUGAAUGGACUUGGGAUGAGGCUGCUCUACACACUGGCUGCAAUGUGCUACUGCGCUGUGUUGCUCUCCAGCUCCUCCUUCCUCUUGGACUUCCUGGGCGCUGGGUUCAGCCACUCCAGACUGGUGUCGUCGCUUCACGUCUCCACAGCCGUGCUGUGUUUGGUGGUCCUGGGGGUCAGCGGGGCAUGUCUAUACGUAAUCCGGCAGAACGUGCAGAAGGAAGCACUAGGCCCGUCCACCCAUACCAGUGGACUCUCCACCUUACCUGGAGAGAGCUUUUACAUCGAGAUCUUGGGCCUUUUCUUCUCCGUCACUGCUGCGGCCUUUAGCCUCUGCUGCCGUCUAGAGCCCAUCGCUCCCAACCAGGACCUCUCUGAGGAGUCUGGAGACGGAGAGGGAGAGAGGGAGCCGCUGGUCGGAGGGACGGGAAAGGACGGAGAGGAGCCCAAUACCCAUUAGUCUUAACAUAUUUUUUAAAACAUCGUUGCUGUUGUAGGAGCACCUCGCAGCCCAGACACGCUGACUUUACAUGAGGAGGAGAAAAAAAUACGCAACUUUUAAAGCCCGAGAUUUUAUUCCAAGUGAAUUCCGACCAUUCCUGUUGGUCCAGUCGUCAUGAAUACCUUGACACGUUCUCUCAAGAACACUGUGAAAUGCUACUGGACAAAUCCAACUGUUAAACUGGUUACUUGAGACAUAUUUUCUUUCCUUUUUUAUGCAAAUGGUAUUGAAGCCUACACUCUUAAAACUAAAGAUUCCUAAAUGGCUGUUGGCAUUUUACCAAAGACCUGGGAUAGCGUAGCAACACCUUAGCAACCACGUGGAAUUUUAUAGCAAAGACUUUGGCCAACUUGAAGUUCCUUCACAAACUUUCCUCAUCUGGUUGAUCUAGAACAUCGUUCUAUGGAGAAUCUUUUAACUUAAAGCAGAUUUAAAAGGCUCUUCACACUUCCACAUCGUUUAGAAAGGGAGUCAUGAUUGAAAGGCUCUUUAGGGAACCAGAUUUGGUACUUCUAUGGCACUGGCACUCCGGUCCUGGAGUACCAGUGUCCAGCACAGCUUGGAGGUUUCCCUGCUCAAACACACCCGCUUAACCUGGCCGUUAACAGGGGAGUGUGAUCUGGUGUGUUGGAGCAGGAAAAUCACCAAACUUUGCUGGACCUUUGCCGGCCCUCCAGGACCGGAGUUGUGCACCCCCUGUUCUAUGGCAUUGCUUAACGUAACCUGUCUUUAUUUUUAAGAGUGUACACUGUAAACAGCUGUGGAAUCACCUGUUCCAGUAGCAUUUUUAACAAGCUCUCAUCGCUUUUGCCCGUUGGGGGAAACCCUGACACUAGCAGGGAUGAUGGACGGUGUUUUGAGUUCAUAGGGCAGCAGAUUACGCCCUCUUCUUUAAAUCACUGCAAACAGAGCUUCAAUCCUUUACCCUGCCUGAUUGCUAGUGCAACACCUAUUGGCUACAUGGCUGACAGGGACAAAAAGGUAGUGCUCUAAGGCUGUAAAGCAAAGCUCUUAACCAGACUAAGCAGUUAUUCAUAAAAUUUCUGCAUGUUAUUCAUCAAACUUUUGGAAGGCCAGCCCAGGCCGAGUGCGUGCGAAUCUUAUAAUCGGCUCCUCGCGCUCCUCUCCUCCGUAACACGCUUCCGAGUGCCGAGUCAGAGGCUGCGUUCACACAGCAGGUUUUCUCACCUAAUCAGAUUUCUAUUUUUGGCUGUUCACAAUGUGAAUGUGAUCUGUAUGCGACAUCACUCUGAUCAGAUCAGCUCCGACCCGCACACGCAAUAGAUCAGUGCUUCACGCUGCUUCAUCCAGAGGUAAACAAUCACGACUGCCAGCGCGCGCUUCUUUGGGUUGUGUCCUCGGAUCCUUUAAACUUUUCUUCGAACACGAAGGGGUUUGGAUGAGUUUCUUCUGACGUUUUUUACAGAAACAUCACUUCAGAUUGCCUCGGCAGUGCAGAAGUCUGGGUUGAGUUAGAUUUCCGUACAAGUUGCAUGAAUUCCGAUCUGGCUGUUCAGACGGAGUCGCGUUGCCGCAGAACGGAUACGGAUAGGAUUUCAGUUCCACGUAUGAAAUCGGAAUUGAAACCGUCAGUGUGUUUAUCUGUUCACAGGGGCACUCAGACACACAUCUGUGUCCCAUAUGGAGAAAAAGAUCCGAUUUGGGCCACUUUUACCUGCUGUGUGACCAAAGCCAUAUAAUGUUGAAAACUGGACUCUACUGUUCUUUUUCAUUCUUGGAGCUUGACGCAGAACCGAGCAAGCAACCCAGUCAGGAACCAAAGACAUGACCAAAAGAGUACAACCAAGGACCUCAUAGGCCUCCGAACUCACACGUCAUUCUGCAGUCAGUGUCAUGCCCAUAUUCAGAGCUCCAGAUCUAAGCUGGUUUUCUCUAUGAGAAAAUAGAGAAAAUGAUGUUUAAAAUCUUUUUUUUUUUAAUGCAGUGAUGUCAAAGCGUUCCAGACUGAGUGUGUGUGUGCGUUUCCCUGUAGAGUGUCAACGAAUCCUCUGAAGUGUGAGGUUGAUUGGGUUAGUAGUCUAAAUACUAUGAAAGCUAUUAUAUACAUGCUACAAGCUGCACUCCUGCGCACUGAAAUGACAGGAAAGAGAGAAUACUAUUAAACUUCAACACUAUUAUAUACCAACACCAGCUGCUCAAACUAUGCUCCAUUACUGGCAAACUAUCCUAACUUCCAGAUUUGAUGAAACAAGCUGGUUUGCAUGAGUCUUACAAUGUCAGUUCAGUGCAUAUACACAAAUCAGGCGUAACGUUCUGACCACCUCCUUGUUUCUGCGCUCAUUGUCCACUUUAUCAGCUCCACUUACUGUAUAGCUGCACUUUGUAGUUCUACAGUUACAGACUGUAGUCCAUCUGUU